AUGCCUUCUGCACAAGGAUUUAUCAAGAGUGUUGCCGGCGGCAACAAGUUCGCGUCUGUAUUUAUCAUCGACGAUAUUCAGUACCACUUCCAGGGCCAAUUCAACCCUGCCGUACAGGAUUUUCAAAGCAAUGACGCCACCCUGGAGUACGACAGCCCCGACCAAUUAACUACCUAUCGAGAUCUUGAAGGCAAGGUUGGCACACAGGAUGUUAGUAUCAACUUAUCCAACGGCGCUAGAAUCAGGGGCAAUCUCGACAUGCCUCUUAGUCCAGCAAGCCGAGUCAGUGGAUCUGGUAUCUGGACACAAAACUGA